UUUUUUUUCUUUCUCUUUCUCUUUUCAACCCCACUCUCUUCAAGAAAAAAAAUGUUCCCUUCUCAACAGGCCCUCAAGAACAACUUCAUUGUCCCUUCUCCUGCUGCUGACGCCAAGCCUACUGGUGCUAACCUCUACGCUCGUUUCGCUCUUGCUGGUGCCGUCUGUUGUGCUAUCACUCACGGUGCUAUGACUCCUGUUGAUGUUGUCAAGACCAGAAUCCAAUUGUCCCCUGAAGUUUACAACAAGGGUAUGAUUGCUGGUUUCCGUCAAGUUGUCCAAGCUGAAGGUGCUGGUGCUUUGUUGACCGGUUUCGGUCCCACUGCUGCUGGUUACUUCUUGCAAGGUGCCUUCAAGUUUGGUGGUUACGAAUUCUGGAAGAAGACCGCCAUUGACUUUGUUGGUGUUGAAAAGGCUUCUGAAAACCGUACUGCUAUCUACCUCGGUUCUUCUGCUAUUGCUGAAUUCUUCGCCGAUGUUGCUCUCUGUCCUUUGGAAGCUACUCGUAUUCGUCUUGUCUCUCAACCUACCUUCGCUAACGGUCUUCUCGGUGGUUUCUCCAGAAUCUUGAAGGAAGAAGGUGUCAUCAAGGGUUUCUACUCUGGUUUCGGUCCUAUCUUGUUGAAGCAAGUUCCUUACACCAUGGCCAAGUUCGUUGUCUACGAACGUACUGUUGAAAUGAUCUUGAAGGGUAUGAACACUCCCAAGGACCAAAUUGCCGCUUCUACCAUGACUGCUGUCAACCUUGGUUCUGGUGUUGUUGCUGGUACUGUUGCUGCCAUUGUCUCUCAACCCGCUGAUACCUUGUUGUCUAAGAUCAACAAGCAAAAGGGUGCUGUCGGUGAAUCCCUCACCUCUCGUCUUAUCUCCAUGGCCGGUCAACUCGGUGUCAAGGGCCUCUUCUUGGGUCUCGGUCCCCGUAUUGUCAUGGUUGCCACUCUUACUGCUGGUCAAUUCGCCAUUUACGGUGAUAUCAAGCGUGUUUUGGGUGCUACUGGUGGUGUUGAAAUUGCCAAAUAAAUGGCAUAACCUCUUUUCAUUUUUCACAUAUACAUUAUACACAUCUUUUAAAACCUUAUUUAUCCAUCUUGGUUGUUUGAAAAUCAAAAAUAGAGUUAUUAUUUAGACACGUUCAGUUUCUUUUGUCUAAUUUAGUGGAUGGCGUGUAGGAAACACUUGAACUACGAUUAGGAUGAGGGCUUGGUGUGGAUCUUUCAAUAGUAGGUGCGUCUGUCACUAGCAUACGUUUAAUCAUAGCACUCCAACUCUCUGUCUGGGACUGUGUUGCAAUCU